AUGAGAUAUGUUGUGCAGGUCUACAAAGUGACCACGAAGGGGUGCGAAGCCUCAAAUCGACGGAUUAAUCCCAAACGUACCAUUCCCACUCUUGAUGAUGAUGGCUUCUAUCUAUGGGACAGUCAUGCCAUCAUGAUCUACCUGAUGGAGCAAUAUGGAAAAACCAGCUCUUUAUACCCUAAAGACGUUCAAAAAAGAGCUUUGGUCAACCAAAUACUGUUCUUUGACUGUGGGGACUUGUUCGCUAGAUACGUUACUGUAGUUAAUCGACUGUUGUUUCGAGGUGGCACAUCAGAAUUAACUGAUAAAGAUAUAAAGUUCGUAGCUGAGAAUUAUGAUAUGGUUGAACGUUUUCUACAGGGUGGAAAGUUCAUAGCUGGUAACGAGGUUACCAUUGCUGAUAUCAGUAUCUGGUGUACUAUCACCAAUUCUUCAACCUACUCACCUCUUGACUUGAAAAAAUACCCCAACAUCAAAGCUUGGUUUGGAAGGAUGGAAGCUUUACCUUAUGCCCACAUCAAUAUCGAAGGACGUAAAGAGAUUGAGAAAUUGUUCGCCAAGUUUUUGAACAAAUAA